AUGCUACAGCCUUUCAACCAGUCACCGUCACUCAAUGCACAUUCCAUGGACUUGCUUCUGUGGCAGCUUGAGGCAGAGCCUCAGGCGUCAAGCCUUGUUAUGCCAUCAUCAGUGUUAGAUACUGCAGCACCACCAACGGUAGCUACCACAGCACCACCGCCAGCAGCAGCAGCAGCAGCAGCAGCAGCAGCAGCAGCAGCAGCAGCAGCAGCAGCAGCAGCAGCAGCAGCAGCAGCAGCAGCAGCAGCAGCAGCAGCAGCAGCAGCAGCAGCAGCAGCAGCAGCAGCAGCAGCAGCAGCAGCAGCAGCAGCAGCAGCAGCAGCAGCAGCAGCAGCAGCAGCAGCAGCAGCAGCAGCAGCAGCAGCAGCAGCAGCAGCAGCAGCAGCAGCAGCAGUGUCAGCCCAAAAGGAAAUGCCAUCAUUUCAAGCAUUCUUGCAGCAGAAGGAGGGUCCAUGUGAUGAUGGACAAAUAGGAAUGGGAGGUGGCCAGAUUGUCAUGUGCGAUGGUGAAGCAAACACCUUUGAUAGUCAAUCCGGCAUGGGCGGCGGUCAAAUGGGCUUGGCCGGCGGUCAGGCAGGGAUGGAUGACAGUCAAAUGUGCAUGAGUGGAGUUCAAGAGGGUGUGGAUUCCUCCCGUUAUAAGCAACAGGAGGAUGGAGGAGAUGAUAGAAAGGUGCUAACAGAUUACGAUAGAUUACUCGAGUCGAUGUCCUUCCUUGGCAAUGAACACCUAGAGUGGCCAGUGCAUGCACAAUCCUUGGAUGAAUUUUGGCACGAGAAAUCUGCUUUCACGAGCUUGCGUUAG